CGUCACACAGACCUUGCGUCGCGUCUCCAUCGUCUCGCGUCAAACUAAAAACUUUUGAAAACGCGCCUUGAAACCCUUGCGUUCUUUUCCGCCUCACUCAGUCUUGCAGCUUUUAAACACAAGAAGGCGCCUCUUAAGAUGCCACAAACUGCGGUCUAGGUAGACAGCUGACUAGUUUUGAGACAGCCCAUAUUCACAGUUCAAGAAGGACUUUCCUGAAUUGCAGGUAGACCUGUCUGAAGCCAAGGAGGGAAAAUCAUGUAAGGUACACUGGCGAAUUCGGGUUUUUGAGGCGGAAGCUUUUAAGAACAAACUUCUACAAGAGAAAGAAGUUGAUUCCAACCCAGUUCAAGGAGAAUAAUGGAUCGUGUUUCGUAAAGGCAUUACUGACUCCGUACAGGUGUGUCGACGAAUGCAGGGAAGAUGGGGGGCUGUUGGAGAUGGUGCUACACGACGUGCACCUGUUGCUUGUCUGAAGAUGAGAAGAACGCCAUCAUGGUACAUAAUGAAAUCAAAAGAAUCCUUAAGGAUCAGAAGAAACGAGAACGGAGAGAAAUCAAAGUGCUUCUAUUAGGCACUGGAGAAAGCGGGAAGACGACUUUUAUCAAGCAGAUGAGGAUUAUUCAUGGCAAGGGCUUUUCUGAAGAAGACAGGCGUGGCUACGCUAAACUGGUUUUCCAGAAUAUCUUCACAGCUAUGAAGGCUAUGACAGUGGCCAUGAACACCUUAAAGAUUCCCUAUGCUAACCCGCAAAACGAGGUAUAUGGGAAACAGUUUCAGGUUGUGGAUGUCCGCCAGAUGACACAUUUGGACAGAAUGUAUGUGGACGCUAUUCGCCGACUUUGGGCUGAUGACGGUAUCAAGGCCUGUUACAGUCGUCGUAGAGAGUACCAGCUUCUGGACUCUACAGAAUACUAUAUGACGAAUUUGGAACGUAUUGCGGCCCCAGAGUUUAUCCCCACAGCCCAGGAUGUGCUCCGAGUCCGAUUCCCCACUACAGGCAUCAAUGACUACUCCUUCACUGUGGAGAAGAUCACCCUUAGGAUUGUGGAUGUGGGUGGCCAGAAGUCCGAGAGGCGGAAAUGGAUCCACUGCUUUGAGAAUGUGACAUCCCUCAUAUUUUUAGCCUCCCUCAGCGAGUACGACCAGGUGCUGGAGGAGAAUAACAAGGAGAACCGCAUGAAAGAGAGCUUGUCGCUCUUCUACACCACCAUCCACUCGCCGUGGUUCGCCACCGCCUCCAUCAUCCUCUUCCUAAACAAGAUGGACAUCCUGGAGGAAAAGGUCAAGGCAUCAGACCUAAAAACUUACUUCACAGGGUUUAACGGCAAGAAGGGAGACACGGAUGACGCGAUGGACUACAUCAGUGAGCUGUACCUCGAACAAUCUUUAAACCGUACAACUAGAGCACGGAAAUACAUUUACAGACACUUUACCUGUGCCACCGACACCGACAACAUCCGCAAGGUCUUCGAUGACGUCAAGAAAACCGUCCUCAUCAAGGAACUGCAGUUGUACGGUAUGCUUUAAGAUGAGGAGCGGCGUCAUCUCACGUGCAGACAAUCAGAACUGCUUCCUGGAAAGACCAAAACAUUGUGAAGAUCAUUAAAUAUGGUAUAACAUGAUUGAAUGGAUAUCGCUAUUAAUGUAAAUAUAAUUGUAAUCUGAACUUUACUGACCGAUUCACUGUACUUGCAUUCGAAAAUAUUUUGUUACAUUUUUUUGCACCAUUAAGAGAAACUUGUGACUUUCUGACUGUCUUUACACUUACAUUUGAAUAUUCUAUCGAAAUAGAAUAUCACAAAAUAUUAAUAAUCGAAAAUAAAGAGACACUGCUGAUUAUACCCACAGUAGAUGAUAUGGCAUGGCUCUUAAAUAUUCUAUGAAAUGGACAAAAUGUCAUCAUGAACUUCAUAAAGUCAAAUUUCAUUACCUCUCUGAUUAAAAA